AUUGUGACAGAAACAAAGACGGGAUCGGAAUUAAGAAGAGAUCACAUGACAAUUCGGUCGGCGUAGUAUAUUUUCUAGUGAGAUCCUACCUGAUAAAUUAGUUAUGCAUUUGGGAAAAAGCCUUCUAGUUUUUGUUCUUCUGACAGUUUUUCUGUCCUGUGGGAUAGAAUGUAAGAAGCUGUAUUUCGACCAAUUACGAAAAAAUUUAUUUUUUAAUGACCCAAAAGAGCCUGUCGAAAAUUCAGCAGCUUCUACCCAUUGGGUUCUUUUAGUGGCAGGUUCAAAUGGUUGGGACAACUAUCGACAUCAGGCUGAUGUCAGUCAUGCGUAUCAAGUAGUUCGAAAACAUGGCAUUCCUGAGGAAAAUAUAAUCACCAUGAUGUAUGAUGACAUCGCUGAUAACAGAGAAAACCCAACAAAAGGCAAGAUCAUAAAUCAUCCCCAUGGCCCAGAUGUUUACAAAGGAGUGGUUGUUGAUUAUAAAAAACAUGAUGUGACUCCAGAAAAUUUCUUAGCUGUUUUAAGAGGAGAUGAAGAAAAAAUGAAGCAUAUUGGUUCUGGAAAAGUUAUCAAGAGUGGCCCAAAUGAUCAUAUAUUUGUCAACUUUGUGGACCACGGAGCUCCAGGUCUCCUGGCAUUUCCUUCUUCACAGCUGUAUGCAAAAGAUUUCAUUCAGACGAUUAAAUCUAUGCAUUCUAAGAAUCAGUACAACGAAAUGGUGAUUUACAUUGAAGCAUGUGAGUCAGGGUCCAUGUUUGAAAACCUUUUGCCCAGCAACAUCAGUGUUUAUGCAACGACUGCAGCCAAUGCAUUUGAAUCAUCAUAUGCCUGCUACUACGAUGACGAAAGACAAACUUAUCUCGGCGACCUGUACAGUGUCAAUUGGAUGGAAGAUUCAGAUUCUGAGUAUUUGAAUAUGGAGACCAUCCAUAAGCAGUAUUUGGUUGUCAAGAAAGACACGAACACGAGUCACGUGCAAGAAUUUGGAGAACCAAAAAUCAGUCGACAGAGUCUUGAUAACUUCCAAGGCGAACCUGGAUACGAUGUCGAUCCUCGCCCCAAUAUGCAAGCCAUUAAGUUUGAUGCAGUUCCUUCUGAAGAUGUACCGCUGGCGAUACUGUACAACAGACUCGAUAACACCAACAAUCCAAGUGAACAACAAAUUUUAAAAGAUAAAGUCAAAGCCCUGAUUAAGGAAAAAGACGAAGUAGAAGAUUUGAUGAAGAGAAUAGUGAGAAGAGUGAGCAUGAUGUCGAACAGACAUUUUGCUGGGCUGAUGGGUGCCAGUCAUCCUCUUACUGACCACGACUGCUACAGGACUGCCGUAGACGUUUACGAUCAACAUUGCUACGACAUCAGUCAGAAUGGCUAUGCUAGAAAAUCGUUGAGAAAGUUGGUGAACAUGUGUGAAGAGAACAUCUCUCCUGUUGUUAUUGUGAAUGCGAUCACGAAAGCGUGCAAGAACUAAUUUUUACUAGAGUUUUAAGAUGAUUUCAUUUCAUGUACCACGUAAGUUGUUAAUCAAAACACGAUCAUCAUGUUUGUACUUUUGAUUAUAAUUGAAAUUUUAAGAUGUACAUUUAUAUUUGUUUAUAAAUCUUCUUUAAUCAGUUUAUUCAUUGACAGUUUAAAUUGUGACGUGCGGAUUUCACGCAGUUUUUAAACUUUAAUAAUAAAACCGUAGUUAUUGUUGUAACCGGAGAGAAUAUUUCUAAAUACAAUUUCGAGUCUGUUAAUACGAU